CGAAUCACACAAUCCCUCCCUCCCCGUCGUCCCUCACUCUGACUGCCUCAGCCAUUCCGCGCGGACACCGCCGCGCAUUCUCAUCCUCUGUCGACCUCGGCUCAGAGCCGCGUUCGCGCACCAACAACAGGCAGGCAGAUACCGAUACCGGUUCAGACGAUACCGACGCCAGUGCGAGUGGCAGCGGCAACGGCGCACACAACAUGGCAGUGUUCACUCCUUCACCCCGCAGUCCGACAUAUGACCGUCUAGAGGCCGGCGGCAUGGGCGGCUCCAGAAUCGCAAAGCGGCUUGCGUGGCGGAAGAUUGCUGUUGGGGUUGUUGUGCUCCUUGGACUUGUCUAUUUCUUUGGGCCUAGUCCAGACACUGUUAUGCCAGACUUCCCUUCGGUGGGGCUGGAAGACGUCUAUGUUCCUCCAGUCGACACCUCGAGCAAACCUCCUGGCGGAGUUGAUCUUGAUACCCCUCCUCGCCCUGACAUCGCUCCUCCUUCAUCCUCCUCCGAUGAGAAGACACUCUCCACGAAGCCCACCUCCCCAGAAACCGACCCUGACCCGCUCAAGACCGUGCACUGCACCUCCCCGCACGACUCCAGCUCGCCCCUCGUGCAGUACGCGCUCAUGAUUGACGCCGGCUCGACCGGCUCCCGCAUCCACGUGUACAAGUUCCACAACUGCGGGCCCGCCCCGGCAUUCGAAUACGAGGUGUUCAAGAUGACACAACCAGGCCUCUCCGACUACUCCGGCCGCCCCACCGACGCAGCCAAGUCGCUCGACGAGCUCCUCGACGUCGCGAUGCAGACCGUGCCCGCCAGCCUGCGCAAGUGCACGCCUGUGGCCGUGAAAGCGACCGCGGGGCUCCGCAUGCUCGGCGCGGCGCAGGCGCAGGCGAUUCUGGACGCGGUCGAGAAGCAUCUCAAGGAGGACUAUCCGUUCCCGCUGCCGGAUAAGGAGGGCGUGGUGAUCAUGGACGGCAAGGACGAGGGCGUGUACGCGUGGAUCACGGCCAACUACCUCCUCGGCACGAUAUCCUCGGGCGCGGCCGACCCCGCCGCGAGCAAGGCGGGCAGCACGGCGCAGGGCGGCGCGACGUACGCUGUGCUCGAUCUCGGCGGGGGGUCGACGCAGAUUGUGUUUGAGCCCGAGGCGGCGGCGGGCGGCGGGCGCCCGGACGACGCGCUGCAGGAGGGCGAGCACAGGUAUGAGCUGGCGUUUGGCGGGCGCACGCGCGUGUUGUAUCAGCAUUCGUAUUUGGGCUUUGGGCUGAAGAGCGCGCGCGGGGCCGUGCAUGCGCUCGUGGACUUUAUGCAGUCGCUGCGUGCGGGGCGCGGGGGGAAGGGCCACACGGGACACGAUGCGCACGGGGUCGUGCCGAGUCCGUGUCUUGCGCGGGGGACGAGCAAGGAGGUCGAGGUCACUGAGGGCGAUGUGAAGCGGACUGUUGCAAUGAGCGGUGCGGAUGUCGGGAACUUUGAUGCGUGCCGGCGGGUCGUCGAGCUUGUCAUGGCCAAAGAUGCCGUCUGCGAACUCAAACCCUGCUCCUUCGACGGCGUCUACCAGCCCUCGCUACUCGACACCUUCCCAACAGGAAACAUUCUCCUCCUCUCCUACUUCUACGACCGCAUCACGCCGCUCCUCGCCCCCGCUGCCUCCGCCUCUGCGACCGACAAGCCCCCGCAGCUGUCCAUCAGCACCGUCGCAUCGCUCGCGACGGACGUGUGUGCAGGCAAGAAGGCGUGGACGGACCGGUGGGGCGGCGACGAGGCGCUGCUGGACGAGCUCGAGGGGCGGCCGGAGUGGUGCCUCGAUCUGACGUUUAUGCAUUCGCUGCUCACGCUCGGGUAUGGGUUCGUGGACGAGCGCGAUGUGAGUCUGGGCAAGCGCGUGGACGGGACGGAGCUGGGGUGGUGUCUGGGUGCGACGAUUGCGAUGGUCGGCGGGGAGGUGACGUGUCGUGCGUAGGUUAGAGUUGGGUGUUGAUGAGAGGUGGUACGGGACUUGAAAUUAAAAAUUUGGAGGGUGCUGGAUUGCAUGUAGACACAGACCGCUUGUCGUACUUGGCCUUACGCCACGCUCGCUAGAUUGAUACAUAUGAGUAUAUACCGCUGUAAUUAUUUGGCUGGCCUUUUUGUUUCUUUACAGCAUAUGGACUGGAACUUGAAGCUUUAGCUUUUGUGGGUGCAUGGCUCGCAUGCACACGAAA